AUGGAAAACUAUUUUAAAAAAAAAGUAAAGGAUGUUUUUGCAAUUUUGAAUAAAGAUACUAAUAAUAAAAAUAAAGAUGUUAAUUUAACUGAUAAUGAUAAAGAUUACAAGUCUACGAAAGAAAAGAAUAAAAAUAAAAAUGUGUUAAAUUGUUUCGUUGACAAAAAUAAAAAAGUAAAUGAUAAUUCAAAUAGUUUUAAACAGAUUAUUAUAAAAAAUAGUGACAAAAAUUUAGAUCAAAAUAAUGAUAAGAAUGCUAGUAAAAAAAGAAAAUUAAUAAGAUUACACAACAAAGAAAAUGUUUAUUUAAUUGAUAACUUUAUUAAAAUUAAAAAGAACUGUGAUAUGAAUUAUAUAAAUCAAAAUAAUUUAAAGAAAGAUAGUAAUGCAUUAAACAUAAAUUCUUCAAAUACUCCCAAUUUAUGCGAUUUUAUUUCAAAUAAAAAAGAGCAAAAAGAAAAGAAAAAUAAAACAUUAGAUGAUUAUAUGACUAAAAGUAAAGAAAAAAACUUAAAUGCCUAUGAAAAAAAAUCCAAUGAAUCUAGUAAAAAAGAUGGGUCACCAGAAUGUUUAAAAAAAGGAAAAAAAUAUAAUUUAAUUGAUACAAAAAAAAAUAAUAUAAAAGAAGAAUUAAAAAAUAGUAGUAAUGAAUGUAAGGAACAUAAAAAAGAUGAAACAUAUUGUAUUGAAAGAGUAGAUAGCAAUACAAGUAAAAAAUUAAAAAGCUUGAGUGAAAAAAAAAAAUUAAAAAAACAAAAAAUGAAUGAUAAAAUAAUCAAUGAUAAAGAUAAUUUAAAUUUUUUAAAAAAUAAUGAGAACGAUAAAAAGGUAAAUAGAAUUGAUGAAAUUUUUAAAAUUUUAAUAGAGAAAAAUGAAAAAAAAGAUAAGAGAUAUGAGAAUUUCAAUAAAAGUAUAAAUAUAUCUGUAGAAAAAAAUGCUAACGAAUUUCAUGAAAGUGAUGAAAAUAAGAAAGAUGAAGAUAAUAAUAAUAAUGUUGAAAAUAAUGAAAGAAAUAUUACAGAAAAAUAUGACAAAGAAGAAAAGGAUUACAAUGAGAAUGAUAAUAAUAACUUAAGUGAAAAUAUAAUAAAUAAAAGUCAAAAAACAUAUGAUUACAAUGUAAAUGAAUAUAUCGAUAUGAAUGACAAUAAAACUAAAAGAAAUGAAUUUUUUCAUAAUAAUCUUCAUGAAAAUUCAAAUGAGAAAAUUGAUGAAAAGAAUAGUUACAUUCCACAAUCAUAUAAAUCAAUCAAAGACAAUAAUAUAUUAGACAAAAAUAUGAAAACUGAAGAAAACCAACAUAUAUUUAAGUAUAUAAAAAAUGAUAGUAACAACAAAGAAGAAGUAACCCAAAGUGAAGAAUUAGCAAUUAUUAAUGAUAAUAAAAUUAAUGAAGAAAAAAAUUUUAAUAAUGAUAAUAAUUGCAAUGGUUAUGAAAACCAUAAUAGUGAUAAUAACAAUAUCAAAAGCAAUAGUAAUAAAGAUAGUAAUGAUAGUAAAAUAACGAAGAAUGAUUUAGAUGAACUUCAUAAAUAUUCACCAAAUAACCGUAAUUCAACUUUGAAUACAUAUAACUUUACAAAAAGUCCAAUCAAAAAUAAUAUGAAAGUAAAAGAAUCUAAUCAAAAAAAUAUUGUAUCAAUUAAUGUUAACUAUGAUAAAGGGGAAAAUUGUUUGGAAAAUGUAAAUUUGGAAAAUAGUAUUAACAAAAGUAAAAAUUAUGAUAGUGAAACGAAUAAAACUCCGAAAAAAAAUGAUAAUAUGGAUAAUGAUACUGAAAUGAGUGAUAUUAAAAAUGAAAAUUAUACAAAUGAUUUUAAAUUAAAACUUCCUGAUUUUGCAAUUGAUCAAAGGAAAAAAUUAAUUAAUGAAACCAACGAAUUUUUUAAAAAGUACAAUUUAAAUCUUAAAAUUGAGCAUUUGCCUAUUAAUAUUCCAGAUGAUUUAAAAUUACUUAUUCAAAAGAAAAAAAAAAUUGUAAAUAUAAUAAAUGAUUACAAAAAUGAAAUAAAGUUAAAAAAGGAAAACUUAAAAAAAGAAGAAAAAUCUGUCAAAUUAAAAAAUAAAAAUGAAAGCGGAAUAUCAAAAGAAGUGGCUGUAGAUGAAGAACAACCAAAUCUUUUGAAUACAAAAACUGAAGCAGAUAUAAGUAAAGAUGAAAAUAAAAAUGAAGUUAAAAAAAUUAAUAUUUUAGAGAAUCAAAACAAUUCAGUGAAUGAUAUUAACUUAAAUUAUUAUAAAAACAAUGAAAUUAAAAAUGAUAAUAUGAGUGAAAUAGAUAAAAAAAAGGAUUAUGAUAUUAAUAAUUGUGAAACAGUUAUUGAUGAAAAUGAGUUAUCUUUCAUUUCAGAACAAAAGAGUAAUGUUAUAAAUAAUGAAAUGAAUUACUUGCAUGAUAAUUUGGAAGAGGAAGAGGAAAAAAAAAAUGACAAAAAUCCAGUAAAAAGAAAAAGAAAAAUUGAAAAAAAAUAUGAAAAAAAUAGAUGUUACGACAAUUUAAAUUAUUUAAGUGAUAGCACUAAGGAUGUUUUGGAAAAGGAAUAUAAAAAAUUUUUGAAUUUAUUCGAAAAAAUGAAUCAAAAUGAAAAUAAAGAAGAAGAUUUUAAAAGCGAAGAUAUCAAUGAAAUUAAAAAUAAUAACGAAAAUAAAAUAAGUAAUGAAUUCGAAAAUGAUACAAUAAAUAACAGAACUACUGAUGAAGUGAAAAAUGAUAUGAAUGUUAAUGUAGAUAAUAAUCCUAGCAAUAAAAGAAAAAAUAUUAAAAGUAAGUUCAUACAUAAUCUAAUAAACGAUUUAACAGCUAAUAAUAAUGAAGAAGAAAACUAUAUGAAAUACAAAAAGAUAAAAAAUGAAGAAUUAAAAUACAAAAAGUUAAAAGAAGUAAUAACAGAAAUUAAAAUAAAAGAGAAAAAAAUUGAUGUAAUUUUAAGUAGUAGCUUAAAUUUUUUUAAAUAUUCAAAUAUAUACAGACAUCGUCAUUUUUUACAUGAAAAAAUGUUAAUUAAUUGGAGUUAUGUAGAGAAUUUAAUUAAUAAAAAGAAUGAUAUUAGAAAUAGAAAUUUACCUUUUCAGCUGUUAGAAUUGGACAAAAGAUUGUUAGAAAAUAUACAAAAUAGUUAUGAUGAUAUAUUGUUAGAUGAUUUUUCAGGUAUUAUAAUUACUUUAAAUACUAAUUCCUUUACUACGGCUGUUGAUGGUAAUUCUAUUCAUAUAUCAAAAAUAAUAUGUGGUUGCUUAAUUGAAUAUUUAAAUACAUCCGAAUUAAAUAUCAAAUCUAUUUGGGCUCAUCCAUUUUUGAGUGCAAAAUCAACUUAUUAUAUUCUGUGUGCAUUUUUACCAAGAGUUAUUUUAGAAGCAUUUUUAAAUAAUAAUAUAUGCUCUGAAAAUAAAAUUGUAUGUAAUCAAUUAAUGAAUCCAACUAACCAUAAAGAACAUAUUAUUCAAAAAAAUGUAAUUAAUGAAAUUAAGGAAAUAGAUAAACAAAAAAAAAAAAAGAAAAUUAGUUUUUAUGAUAAGUUGCAUCAAAUUCAAGAUAAGAAAAAAAAUCCAGAAGAUAAUUAUUUUAGUAAUUUUGCAGCUUAUCAAUAUCCAUCUACUUUUUUUUUAAAUUUUAACAAAAAAUGCGCCUCUCUUUUAAAUAAUUCCUCCAAUAAUGUUGAUGAUAAUACUAACAAAACUACUAAUGAUAUUAAAGAAACUAAUGAUGAUGAAGUAUAUAUAAAUGGUAAAAAAAAUAAUGAAAUAAAUAAAAAUAAGGAUAAUAAUGAAACCUCUUAUAAAUUCUUGUACAUAAUUUUUAGUGAUAUUGACAUAUUUCCAAGACAAUGUUAUUUAUUACUUUGUUCAUAUAAAUAUAUGUGUUUAAACAUGCAUUAUGAUACAGAUAAUUAUUUUUUUCAUUACGAUAUAAAUUUAAAAAAUGUUCAAAAAGAAAAUAUUGGAAAAAAUACUGAACUAUCCAAUAAUUGCUCAUGUACUUCUAUAAAAAAUUGUGCUUCUGAUUUGGAGGAGUCUUGUGAACGUAUUAUAGGCUGUAGUGAACUAUAUAUGUAUUAUAUGAUUCCAAAAAAAGAAGAAAGAGAAAGUUUAGGAUUACUUAAAAGAAAAGGUUGGAGAGAUUUAAUUUCAAAUACCUUUUAUGAGGAUAUAAAAGAAAAUAUUUCUAGUAUAAUAAAAAUUAGAACUAAUAUAAAUAAUUUAUAUGAUCAUAUUUCUAUGCAGAAUAAAAUAUAUGAAAAACAUUAUACAUCAAAUUAUAUAAAUAAAUAUGAGUGGUGUGGAUUAAAAUUAAAAGAUAUCCGCAAUAUGAUUAAUGAAGAUUUCAAUUUUGAAUCACCAAAAAAAAAAUAA